GUCUUUGCCCCGCCCCCCAGUGGCGAGAUGGCGGCUGUCGAGGCCGAAGCCGCGUCCUCGCCGCUGCCGUCCCCCGGAGAGGGGCCGGCUCGGGCACCGGGCCUGGGGACUCGGCUGCGGAGCUGCUGCUGCUGCGUGACGGUGGAGCCCGUGCUGCUGAUGGCCAUGCUGGCGCUGGCGCUGCAGGGCCCGCUCACCACGCAGUACAUCUUCCAGAGGGUGAGCGCCGAGCUCGGAUUCAGCGGCAACCGGAGCCGAGGUUGCAACGGGUCGCGGGGGCCCGAGGCCCAGCUGGAGAGGGAGGUAGAGACAAUAACCUCUCACUGGAAUCUGUACAUCAACAUGGGGGGCUUUGCUGUGGGACUUUUCUCUGUGACUCUGCUUGGACCGUGGAGUGACCGCGUCGGGCGCAGAUGGAUCCUGAUCGUGCCGGCCCUGGGCUUGGCUCUGCAGUCGGCCCUCUACCUCAUCGUCAUGUACCAGGAGCUGCCGGUUGGCUACUUUAUGAUCGGCCGCCUACUCAGUGCGCUGCUGGGGGAUUUCAGCAGCAUCCUGGCCGGCUGCUUCUCCUACAUCGCUGACAUCACUGACAGGCCGUCGCGCACCAUCCGCGUGGCUGUGCUGGAGUCGUGCCUGGGCAUUGCGGGGAUGAUCGGCAGCAUUAUUGGGGGGCAGUGGAGCAAGGCUCAGGGUUACACCAAUCCGUUCUGGCUGGUGCUGGCCCUGAACCUGGUCACUGCUGCCUAUAGCUUUGCCUUCGUCCGGGAGUCUGUGUCCACAAAGCAACCGGCCAGGCUCUUCACCGUCGAACACUACAGGUCGGUGUACCGCCUGUACUCGAGCGGCAGGCUCAGCCUUUGGCUGUACGCCCUCUCCCUGUUCAUCGUGGUAACGGUACACUUCGGAGUGAAGGACAUCCUGAUCCUCUUCGAGCUGAGCUCCCCCUUGUGCUGGCGGUCUGACCUGAUCGGGUACGGCUCGGCGAUGGAGCACCUGACCUACCUGAGUAGCCUUUUGGGGCUGAAGGUGAUGAAGCUGUGCUCCGGCGACAGUGCCAUCGCAGGGAUCGGCCUCUUGUCCAACAUGGCAGGCUUGGUGGUGUUUUCAGUGGCUGCCACCAGCUCCCUCAUGUUCACAGGCUACGGGCUACGAUUUCUUGCUAUGACCACAACUCCUGUGCUUAGAGCCAAGAUGUCAAAUUUGGUGGAGGUGACACAACAAGGAGCCCUGUUUGCCUCGGUGGCUUGUGUGGAAAGUGCCUGCUCUCUGGUGUCGACACUGGUUUUCAGCUCCCUGUAUCCUGCAACACUCUACUUCAUGAAGGGAUUCUCGUUUCUCUUUGGUGCUGCUCUCCUCCUCAUUCCAGCAGGGAUUAUCUGGAUCCUGGGGUGCAGAGGGACAGAGUUGCAAUAUCGCCGUUUUGGAGAUGACGCCCUGAGCAGUGGUCGUGACACCUCCUCCAUUGUGAAUGAGUGAACUUCCUGUGAUGUCACCCAUCCGGAUGGAUCCGUAUGAUGGUGCUGAGACACACUGUCUCCCCCCCCCCCGAUCUCUGACUUCUGAGUACUUUCCAGCUGGUACUCCAAGGAUUGGAGAAUGAGGCUUUUCAGCCCAUCCACUCCUUACUGGCUCUCAGGCAGAGUUACACUAUAGUCUCCCUGCUCUGCCCUUUCCACUGUUCUUUAUACCUUCCUCUUCCUGGAUUGGUUAUGCACCUUGAAAUGUUUAAACCGAGAGUAUUACCAAUGAAUUUAGUUAAAUUUCAGAACUGACCAAAAAAAAUUAAUUAUUACAGGAUCCUAAACAGAAGAGUUUCUGCAGAUGCUGGACAUUCAGAGCAACACACACUGACUGCUGGAGGAGCUCAGCAGGUCAGGCGGCAUCUGUGGAGAGGAAUAAAGAGUCACUGUCAGGGUCUCGGUCCAAAAUGUUGAGAGUUUAUACCCAUCCAUAGACACUGCCUGAUCUGCUGGAGUUCUUGCACCAUUUGUUUUAUGGAUUAGUUUUAUUUGUCACGCGUGCAUGGAAACAUACAGUGAAAUGUUUCGUUUUUGUAAAUGACCAACGCAACCUGAGGGUGGGGGAGCCCGCACGUGUUGCCGUGAUUCUGGUGCAAACAGUGUGCAUCCAGCUUACUAACCCUGACGCGUACGUGUUCAGAAUGUGGGAUGAAACGGGAGCAACUGGAAGAAACCCACACAGACCCGGUGCUAUCACAAGAUCGUAAUUUUCCAGGACUUGUACUUGAUUAUACUUUUCCCGUGUUGGACAGGGCAGGACAGAAAUACUUGCUGCAGUGGUUUUCUUGUCACGUACGAGGACAGGAAGAUAUUAAAGUGCUGUAAUUAAACUGAG